AGCACAAAUUUCCAUACAGCCAAGUACACUGCAUAGGACACGUGAACAUACUGUAAAUGGUCCCACGCGGCGCUGUCGGGGGCGUUCUGCUUGCCAUUCUGGCAACGCAGCUCCUUUCCUCCAAGGCGACGACCAUCACCGGCGUCGGCAUGAUCCGGUACAUGGAGGGCGCUCCAGCCGAGGUGCGACACCCGCCCCCUCUUCGCCGCCGUCCCCCUCCCACACGCGGCCGGCAGCAGCCGCCCCCGGGCUCAGGCGGCGCGGUGCUGGACACAGUCACCACCCCGCCGCAGCUGCAGCUGGUGUGCCCCCAGAUUACUGACAACGUGACCGGGUACCCCAUGGACGACCCUUAUUGUGAUGUGCCACGUGUGGUUCUGGCGCAAGGCGAAGCUGCAGAACAGAUGCGGAAUGAGAAUGGUUUGUCAUCAGGGGACAUCACGGAUGUGACUCUCGACGUUUCAGCGAACGGAUCCUUCACGGUCACCAGCCUCAAGACUGUGAAGUUGGGUUCCCAAAAGGGCGGCUGCAAAUGCAUCUACUCGGGCACGCCAGCUGACGACCGGGUCGUGAUGUACCUGCUGGACUUCUCCAGCUGCCAGGGAUACGGCAUGGCUGCGCCCGCCGCCCUGACGCCCGAGGUUGCAUGGAGGCUGCUGUCGCAGGAUGGCUCAAGUGCACCUGGCAGCAGCUUCAAGGCUUACCAGGAGACCUGUUCCUACGGACGACGACUGCUGAACCCCGAUAAUGUAGUUGUGGUUGGCCCCGUGCCGGUGCCCUGCACUGGCGCCCUCGCCCACUUCCGGCCACGCGCGGACCUUGUGGGAAUCAGCCCCGCCGCCGCCAACGCCCUCCGCAUGAACAGCACGCACACGGGCUGGUGGGACCUGUCGCGAUCCUGCACGCCUGCUGAGAUGAGCGCAGUCGAGCGUGCCGCUGAGGCUUUCGCGCAGCAGAUUGUGGCCAAGGACCCCAACACCGCGGACGGCAGGAAGCUUCAGGCCAUUCUGCAGUGGAGGGAGCGCCGGCGGAACAUCUACGUUUUGCCCCCUGGCAGCAGCUGCGCCCACUCCUGGCCGGCCAUUGCCGAGUCCUUGUGCACCAGUGCCACAUGCGGCGUGUUCGUAGAUUCCAGCACCUUGCUUCCCAACGCCGCAGCCCCGCGCCCGCCCCACAUCCUGAUGCAUGAGAUGCUGCACGUGCUGGGGCUGACCCAUGCGGGCCGCGGGCUUAAGGAAGCGGGUGAUCCGACUGACAUCAUGGGCACCUUCGGCGGUGCCGGCAGGGGCCUGCUGUGCCCCAACGCCCCCAACAUGUACCGCAUCGGCUGGGCCAAGCACAUCAACGAGCCCGGCGUCGCGCCCUUCCAGAUGACCGCUACCGGCGCGUGGGGCAACCUCACCGCUGCCAACUUCACCACCAACAACUGGAUCAAGGGCCUGGUCAUCCCUGCCCAGGGCACCCGCGAUGACAACAUGAUCGUGGUCAACGUGGGCGCUCAGAGCACCCAGUACGGAGCAGAUACGGCUACCGGCGCUCAGGCCUACUACUUCUCCUACCGCAUUAAGAACACCACCGCCGGCGGCUACGACUCUGGCCUGACCACAGACUUCCACAAGAAGGUGGUGGUCCAUGCCUUCAAUGGCAUCCAGUCGGAGCGCGUGUUUGGCUUCAAGCCCAGCCUGCUGGACUGGGGCCCGAACUUCCAAUCCAAGUCGGAAGCAGUAUUCCAGAACGACGAUGGCACCCUUCGGGAUGUCACGGCGGACACCUGGACUUCACCCUUCCUGGCGGUUACCAACGGUCUGGGCGGUGGCGUGAGGCUGGUGGUGCAGAGCACCUCUGACACGCAGGCCGUCGUGGACAUUUGCCGUAUCACUGAGAACGGCAAGGAGCUGUCGUGCGACGAUGGCAUUGACAACGAUUGCGACGGCUUGCAAGAUAAUGAGGAUCCCGACUGCCAGUGAAGGCAUGCCGCCACCAAUUACCGUAGUGUGCAUGCUGCCGGACUGUCACCCCGGUUUCCUUCAGUUUGAGCAGCAGGGUCCUAGCUUGGUAAGUCGAGCAGGUAGUGGCUGAGAGUUCACUUGGUACUUGCUUCUGUCCUGGCGGAGUAGUCUAGGCAGAGCAGAUUGCCCUGGUGCUAGACGGCAUACGGGUGACAGCAGGUAAUGACCGAGAUGAUCCGGGGUGAUGGUGGGAAGCCCAUGGGAGUAUCCCGGGCACGCCCUGCCUGCAACUCCGGAACUCGAGGGUGCCGGUUACGCAUAGUGGGUCUUGAUAUACACUUAUACAGCAGUAAAAGCUUGCUACUAUAUGGUAUGGGCAACGAUUGCAAUGGCAAAGUGGACAACAGCAACUCAGACUGCAUAUAGGUGAUGUCCAGCUGCAUGUAUACCCACCCCUCGAGGUAUUCGGGUUGGUCGUGUUCAUCAAGUUCAGUUGCUUGUUGCUGUUGGUAGAGGUUUACAAGUUGUUAUGCAUGGGUACUCAAGGAGGCGAGCAAGCAGGGUGUGGGAGGCAGGAACACUCAUACGGUAGUUUGAAGCAUGCGUGCUGACGCAACGCGCUCAGUCAGUGUGCACUGGGCCAUUCCGCUCCACUACUAGGCUUCACCCAAGGCUCCACCUCCCCUCCCUCGCCGCAUAGCGCAAGGGCCCACCCUUUCGCGCACAUACGAUGGUGAAGGUGAAGUGCGAGGUGCACUCAUACCUGCAAGGCACGGUGCGGGCACGCGGUAGUAUCGUAAAGACAAGGGGUGUCAGCUUUGUACAGCUGGAAAAUGGGCUGAGCCCCUAGAGCAAGGGAUGUGACGAUGGGUACCGGCGACAUGAACAGCACCCUUGCAAGCCCAGCGGGACUGGCAAAGGGGCAUACCAAAGG